AUGUCCGCCUCAGUCCAAACACAUUCACUUAUCUCAGUCUUUAAUCUCGGUGACGGGAAACAAUUUGAGAUCCUCAAAGAAGCGUCGCCACGUGUACUACGCAAAACACAUCUCAGAACCCUGCCUUCCUUUGCCGAAGACAGCCACGCCGCUGUGUUAGUUCUCCUAAAACCUCUCAACUGCCCCUACACGAUGGAGGUUAUCCCAUCAUCCUGUAAGCGGAGUAGACGGUCCGAUUCAGCAAAGUCGGGCAAUCGCACUCCAAACAAGGUGGAGGAUCAUUUACGAACACAAAAUACCACCGCCGGAACAACGCACGUUCAAAUACAAGAGAUCUUCCCGCACACAAACCUCUUGCGCAUUAGAAAAAGCCGGAUUAAACACGUCGACGACGUAGAGAUGCGGAAGCGAACCAGGCCGCUUCAGGGUCGGCUUGUACUUCAAGUGGCCUACAAAUAG